AUGACGCCUGAUCGCAUCAUUACACCUGAACGCAUCGUAACACCUGAACGCAUCAUGACACCUGAACGCAUCAUGACACCUGAACGCAACAUUACACAGCAGCUGGAGCGCAUCGAGGAGGGGAUGGACGCCAUCAACAGGGACAUGCGGGAGGCGGAGAAGAACCUGACGGACAUGGCGCGCUGCUGUGGGCUGUGUGUGUGGCCCCUCAGGAAGUACGGAGCCCCGGAGGGUCCAGAUCCAAUCCCUCCACAAAUAGGGAUAAAUCAGACACUUCACUCCCUCCAGAAAUAUGGAAAAAUCAGACACUUCACUCCCUCCAGAAAUAUGGAAAAAUCCAAUUUAGUCUGA